AUGCUACACGACGAUUCGAAUGGCAAACCGGAAGGGGAUUGUCUCCCCAUCAUGACCCAUAGCAGUGUUGAAAGGGAUGGCGCUUCUUUAGAGACGCACUACCUGUGUGAAGCUGCCACGAAGGCGGAAAUGACUGAGAAGAAGCAAAUUGUGAUCAGGCGAAAGUGGAUGCUAAAGGUACCAAAAAGAUGUGUACACAAGAACAGAAGACUAGUGUGGAAAAAGAGAAAAAAAUAUUUUCCCAUCAAAUGGAGCCAAAGGAAAGUCCUUUACUCCGACCAAUGCGACGGCGAAGUAGCACGAACUACUCUGAGAGAAUCAAAUGACCAAACAUGCGAAGUAGGUGGCGACAAAAACGCGGUUGAAUUUUACGGGGCAUAUGAAACAGGAUGGAGCAGGCCCUGUGUGGUAUACUCGCUUCGAAAGGGCACUUCCCAUUUUGACAGAGAAGCCACCAGGUUGGUUUUUUCACCUCGUGAGUGUGAAGCCCAAGUGAAGAGAAGCGCAAACAAUCGCAUUGGUAGUGCCGAUUCUGCGACAAGUACUGCGCUGGGGGGAAGGAGGUGUGCGAUCAUGAGAUGGAAAAAACAUCCAUACAGCUGCCACAUUAGGACGUGGAAAAAACAUCCAUACAGCUGCCUCAUUAGGAGGUGGAAAAAACACCCAUACACCUUGCUCAUUAGGAGGUGGCGCGGGGGGGAUAGCACUUUCUGCAUCCUCGCCAAAAUAUCGAGGGGCCAGAUGACGCUCUCCCUGUCGGUGCGCAUCAUUUCGCCAUUGGAAGUUUUGCACCGCCACCAUGAUGAUGAUGAUGUGCUUCCCUUUUUUCACUAUGAGCGGCGCAUGACUAGUCGGAGCAGUAGUGGGGCAGGUGACAAGCCGUACGAAGGUAUGCAUCUUGUGAGGGAAAAACAAAUUAACAAAACGGACAAAAGGAAAAAGGAAAAAAUAAGAAAAAGAAAAGGAAAAAGAAGAAGCCAUUUUAGCGCUGGUAAGUCGCAUCUCUCUAAGGCGUAUGUUAUUCUUUGCGCCACACACCGCGCAGGCGUGUGCCAUCCUCCUGGCAGGGAGGCAUCGCGUCGUGGCCUGGCGGCGGUGGCAGCGGGGGAGAAGUCAGAAGGGCAACAAGUGGAAGGACUAGAAGCACAGCAGGUACGGGAAGCACAAGAGGGAUUAGAAGCGUUGCAAGGGGUGGACCUCGUUACCUUCCCAACCAUCUGUGCCAUCCCGACUGCCGUCCCCACAGCGCAGGUGAAGAGGGCAGAGCCCUGCCAGGACAAGCCACGACCAGAGGGAACCCCCCUCGACGAUCGCAGAAACCACGGCAACCGCAGCAAUCGCAGCAAUCGGCGAGGCAGAAUAAAACGAAAAAUAACCGUGACUAGAUAUAUUGUACAAUUCGCUUGUCCAUGUUCAUCACGGCUUUCAAAGCAAAGUACAAAAGAAGCUUCCUUCUGUGUUGAGAGACGAAGUUGCCUCCUUGGAAUGAGUGCAAUUAGGAUAAACAUACAGUCAAAUGAUGCAGGGAUAGACUCGAGAGAAAAAAGUGAAUUUCCAUUUCGUUCGCUGCAACUAGUGGGAGUUCCGUCAUCAUGGGAUGUUCCUUUUCAUCGGUGCGACGCAGACGGUGGUAGCAAAGACACAGGUCCAAUUUGCACUUCCUUUACGCGAACCCUUUUUGAUUUACUCAGAAGGAAUGAUGAAGGGGAAGAUUACUGCAUCUGCCUGAAUUUGCUGCUUCACCCAUUUGUUCUAAGCGCUUACAAGACAGAAGCGGUUAAUCGAAUCGAUAACACUCUUAGCAGAUGCAGCGAUUGCUGUAUGAACCCACACAACAUCUGUCUUCUUCUCACUGACGAGGAGGAGGGAUCACUGCGCCUGGAUAAAGGGCCGCGAAAUCGCAAACAGGAGAAGUACCACCCGCUGAGUCAUCGCAUGUCGGGGUGCACCACUCGCCCAGCGUUGUGCCUCAUCACGGGGAAGGAGGAAAUCCAGCACAUCUCCCCCAAUGUGUUAAUCAACACGAAGCACUGUGAUAAGAAUAGGCUCACUGCCCAUCGGAACACCCCUGUCCCAUUCCGCGGCUAUGAAAUCCCCUCCCACUACACAGCCAAAAAUGAAAAUAAAGUGGCAGCGGAGCCACUUCAGUGUGAAAACAAAUUUUACAACUCAGAGCACCAGAUGUGCAAGAUGUGGGUCGUCAAGAGAGGUGCGCAUCUCUUUUAUUUCCCCCCCACUGGGUGGGGAAGUGCACCGACAAGUAGCGAAGGCGGGGGAGAUAACGCGGACGAGGAGGCCCGUGAGACGCGUAACUGGUGCGGUAAGUAUGCUUCCACCAAAAUGAACGAAGUAGCACACGCCGAUUACCGUUUCGCUGGCAGCCACAAAAACACGUACACAGUUAAGCAUUGCCACGGAAAACCACCAAACCGAAUGGCAAAAAGGCAGCAAGGGAAGGAGAAGAAGGAGAAGCAGAGAGACGACGACGGGGCGAACCCGCAGAAGAGGCCAACCCAACAGGGGAGUAAACUGAAUCACACAUACAAAAAUAUUAGUGAACAAAAACACGGACAUGAAAUAAAGCUAUGUGAAGAAGAAAACACAGUGGUUGCCAUCCGGGAGAGUUGCACCAAUGAAAGGAACACAAUGAAGUGUCCCGCCGCAGUGGUUGCCAUGCAAAUCGAUAAGAAGAACCUACCAAAUGGUUAUUACUGCAAGAAGAGGGCGUUCCAGAUGAAGAGAUCGAACUGUUGCUAUGACACAAACUACGCAGGUGAAUACACCAAUGAGGGAUCCUUUGCUCCCCUGGAAGAGGAAGCCGAUAGGAUAAGGCACACCAGAGAGGACGCCAACCAUGAGGCUAGUCCAUCCACAGGGGGGAGCAAUCAGCUCUGCGAUGAGGUGUACCGGGGGGAAUUCAUCUUAAGGAAUGGAAAUCAUUCCAACGUGUUAAAUCGAUUAACCAAUUCGCUGAAGCCCUCCGAUGGUGUGGGCUGUGCACCGCCACCUGUUACGCACCAUAGAGAAGGGCAUAAUAUGGGAUGCCCCUCGGAACAGACUCAUGUCGUAAGAAGAGGCACUACUUACCACAGGGAAGAAAAUAAAAAGAGGCAUACCCCCACUUGGAGCGAUCCACAUCGUAGCCCCCUUAACGAACAUCCUCAUAAAAAGAAAAAAAAACUAUCGCACUUUUUCACACAAAACGGGGAAGACAGAGCGGAGGAGAGUUCACUAGUCGGAGGGGACUCACCAAACGGAUUCGUACCCACCUAUGGUGAGGGAAAGGACCAUGUUGUCAUUCCGAGUAAUUAUACUCAGACGGAUCAUUUACGUAAUGUUAAUCCAAUCCGUGGAGUAUCCAUGACGCCAACCCCCCCCUUUGAUGAUAGCUCCUUGGAUGAGCCCAAUCUCAGUGCGGCAUCCCCUGUAGAGGGUGCUAUAGAAGAGGCGUCUGAACUCGCGAGGGGCACGCCCGCUAGGAAGCCCUGCUUUGAUGAGAGCUCCAGCGAUGAGGAUUCACUCAUCGGGGAAAACUUCCCAUGCGGAGCAGUGCACUGGAUGGGGAACAGACGGAAGAGGUGCAUACACCUGCCGAAGGGGUACGCCUACCCGUCCAGUGUCUUCCCCGACCGGUCCAGUGGUUUCACCUAUCCCUCCAACGUAUGGGGCGCGUACCGCAUGGAGGUGGAGUUAUCCGGGGGAGGAACCGCAAAUGGGAAAGGAGCAGUCGAACGAUGCGAUAUCCAAAUGGACAACCAAAGGGACAACCAAAGGGACAACGGAAGCGACGUAACGGCCGCGUCUGAUGUUCGCGAAGGGGAUAUCAUUCGUAAAAAAUUACCGAAUUGUAAGCCCGUGGAUGAGGAGAAUUUGUCCCCCUUGGGAGGAGAGCAUCUGCAGAAGGAUGUAUCUGCCAAGGGAGGGGGGAGAAAGAAGAACAAAGUGGAUAUCCAGCGAGGGUCCAUUUUGAGCGAGGAGCUACCACAGGAGUGCCUGGACAAUAUGCUGCAGACAAAUCGGGACAUAGCGUUGGGGGGGGAUGGCAUCGAUAGUGGUAGCGGGCCGGGAAGUGAUAAUGACAGCGAUAGUAGCAGCCACAGCGUCACCGCCAAUAGUAAUGAUAGUCGAAACGGAGCCGCCGCCCAGGGGAAUGAAGACGAAAAUGUAGACCUCGAGGUGGCGGUGAUGGAGAGACACAGCAGCAUUCUAGUGAACAGGGGAAUCCGAACGAAGAAGUGUGUUGACUACUCGCUGUACAAUACGUACGCCAAAUCAUCCUUCCUCCAAUGUGCAGAACAAGCAGAUAAUCAUUUCAUAGGCAAUUAUUUAGAUCGAUAUAAUGAUGAGAAUUUCCAGCAUCUGAGACAGAAGGUGAAAUUAUGUCUGUCUCGUACAUUUGCUAACUUAAAAACGACAAGCGAGACGUGUGUCCUGCAUUUCACCAAUCUCAUAUUCGAUCUGUACAUAAGCAGAUUCAACUCGAAGAAUGAAAUCAUUGAAAGUAUAAUUAAUGACAUCGUCACGGAGGAGAAGCAAUUCUCAGAUGUCAUGAUCCAGUUGUUGAAAGAAUUCUACCCAAAGGUCUACAGUGACUUCGUUUUUAAAGAACAGCUAAAAGGGAAGUAUAAUAUUCUAUAUAAAGAGCUAAAAGAUUCCUGUGAUUUGAUUUAUCACUUCAUUGCUAUCAUAUGUCUCUUUAUUUCUCAGAAAUACUAUAAUUAUAGACUCAUCUCCAUCGAUCUAAUCGCUAAGACUUACUGUAAGAGUCAUCUGGAAGGUCUUCGCAAAGUAUAUUCUAGAAACAACGAACUGAUAAAAGAUGCUUCCCCAGACUACUACUCAGCAACACAGUAUCUCGAUUCAACCUUCUCCGCUCAUAGUGUUAAUAAAAACUUCGCUCUCGAAGUAGAAAUCUGUAUCUUAAAAAAGUUAAAUUACGAUCUCUCUAUUCCUACACCAUAUAGCCUACUAGACAGUCUCCUAAAAGCAAAUGAGAACAUCAAUUUUUUGAAAUUAAAAAAUGAUUAUAAUGCUACAGAGGGGGAGAUUCUACUUCGGAUCGCUAGCAUCGACAAUAUUUUUUUGAAGUACAAAUCUUCUACUCUUUCUAUGGCUAUUUAUGAGAUUUUAAAUUUCAAUAUCUGUAAGGACAAGAUGCAGAAGGAGUUGUUUCAUUUUACCAAUUUUAGGGACGACUUCUGCUUCUCACCUACGCCGCCUCCACGCGGGGGGGGUGCGCUGCACUCCUUUGAGGUGGCUAAGCUGGAUAAUUUGUGUGACGCCGCUAACCACGCCAACCCCGCUGACACCGCUGGCAGUGCUAAUGACGGCAACCUUGGUGACUGCAGGAGGCGCCCGCUGCCGCACAGCGAAGCGGCCGAGAAGAAAAAGAAAAACGAGCUGAAGCUCCUCAAGCGACAGGCCAGGAGCCUCGUCAUCGCAGAGGAGGAGGACCGAUUCAUCACCGCGUCUAACUAUAUUAGGCAGAAGGCCCUCCUCUACCAGUACGUCAGGCGCACCCUCAUCGGCGUCUGCUCCGUCAUCAAGAAGAAGAUCCCCCGGUACUACUACGACUCGGAUUUGGACCGAACGGACAGGCUGAAGGGAUACAUAAGGAGCUUCCACAACGGGAAGCGCGCCUACCUGGACAGGCUCAGGGCGAAGCGGGGAGCGGCAAAGGGGGGGGCGGCAAUGGAGGGAGCAGCCGUUAGCGGAGCUAAAACAGACCCCUCCAACGACGAGGCUCCAGAGUCAGCGACCACCUCCGCGACCACCGCUAUCACCACUACCCCCGCGGAAAGCUCGUCCCCCCCGAGCAGCAAAAAGCGAAAGCGCGCGGAGGUAGUGGGGCUCACAGCCGCCGACGGCGAGCGGAAGGAUAAAGACAAAUUCGAAGGUGCGAAAAGUAAGAUAAAGAGAAAAAUUAAAAAAAAAAUAAAAAAGCUGAACGAGCUGAGGUGGGAAGACAUUCCGAUUCAAUACUGCACGCCAUAUGUGCUGCAGGGGGAGGAAAUCAAAAUUUAUAUAAAAAAAGACGACGAAGAGGUGGGGGAUGGAGAUGGCAGUGGCGCACACAAUGGAGGCACAGGGAGGAAGAUCUCGAUAAGUGGAACAAAGGGAGCAAGCAGGAAGAACAGUGACACACAGAGGAAGAACAAAAAGAAUUACAUCAUCGGGACAAGGACUAACUCGACCGAUGAGCAUCUCGUGUUUUACUAUAACUACUUAAGCAAGCUGAGGAGUAGACUCAUCCAAGGGCUCAAGUACUUGCUCCGUCGAAUUAAAAGGAUUAAAAGCAGACAAGUGUGUGUGUCGCUGGUAAACUUGAGUUACCUACUUAACAAGAAGGGGCUGCGAAAGAAACGAAAGAAGGAGAAAAAAAAAAAAAACAUCCCCCUUUAUAAGCAGCUAACUAACGAAAUUAAAAUUUUUUUCAUGUGGCUCUACAAGCUGACGAACAUUGAGAUCCGCCCCCUGAUCCGCUUCGCCGAUCUGAAGUAUAUCGCCUCCAUCAAGUGCUACGAGAGGAGCUACGCUAGGUACGUGGCCCGGGUGCUGGGGGGGGGAGCAAAGCGGGAAGGGGGAAGCGGUGAAGGGGGAGAAGCUAAAGGGCGAAACCGUGAAGCAGACAAACGGGGUGAGAACAAACGGGACGGGAACGGACGCCACGGGAACGAACGCUAUGGGAACAAACCUGGUUCGACCAAGCGGGGAUCAUCCAAACAUGGCCGCCGCCGCAGCACACUCGAGAAGAAGUACGCCCAGGAAGUCUCCCAGUUCGCGGAGACGGAAAACAAAAAGUUCUACCCCUACCUAAAGCGCAGCAGCUCCAUGGCGGACCUCACCGGGGGCCACUGCACGGGGAAAAUCAACAAAAAGGGGGUUGCAGGGAAAAACGGAAAAGAAACAAAAAGUAAAUGUUCCCAGAAAGAAGGCCUUGGCGACGAGGAGGGUGGCGACCAAGCAGACUGCAACCCUGCGAACGAACUGGACAUGCAAAAUACACUUGACGAUUUCCUCCUACUAAAAAAGGAAUACGAAUCUUUAGAGAAGGAAAAACCGUUCGUAGAAGAACAAGUGGAAGAUGAUAACACAGGUCAGGUGUUCUCUAUGCCCCAUCAGGAUAACGCAACAAGGAUUAGUAGCGACUGGAUUACAAUCAACGACCCCCAGGUGGACGAAUGUGCCAAGGAGUUAAUGGAAUGCUUCCUCAAAUGGAAAAACAAAAAUUAUAUUUCCAAAAACUGGACCUUUAACGAGUACCCCAAUUGUAAAGAAUACUAUUUUUCUCUUGUCUUUGGUGAUCUCAAAUCGUCGGAAACGAUGAAGGGCAUCAUCGAGAUGAUGCACAUGAAGUAUAAUCACCUUCUAAACAUUUACAAGGAGAUUAACGUGCAGCCGGACUGCAUGGAGUACGACUAA